AUGGCUGAAAAAGAGAAACACAGUAAAGCAAUCCAUUGGUUUCGUAAAAACCUCCGGCUUCAUGAUAACCCUGCACUGUGUGAGGCACUGAAUGGAAGUAGUGAGGUGCUGGGGCUCUAUGUCCUUCCACCUUGUAUUCCAGCAGAUGGAAAACUCAGUGCAAAUCAAUGGAAUUUCUUGAUGGAAUGUUUAGAGGACCUUGAAAGAGGUCUAAGAUGCCUUGGCUGUCAGCUGCUAGUUAUACAAGGUUAUCCAGUUCAAGUAAUUCCUAAACUCCUAAGUAAUCUAGAAGUGUCAAAGUUAACAUUUGAAACAGAAAAUGAACCAUUUGGAAAACAGAGAGACGCUGUUGUUACUCACCUGGCUGAGAGUGCCGGGGUGAAGGUUGUUUCCUGUUCUUCACAUUCCCUGUACAACACUGAAUGUGUUAUCAAAGCAAAUUGUAAUAAGGUUCCAGUACUCUUUACUGACUUUCUUGACGUCAUUUCCACAAUUGGACCACCAGAGUUUCCAGUGAAAACAGUGAAUGAAGAAAGCUUUCCAACUCUGAGAAAUAUUGAAAAUAAAUUCAUUGACUACCAUAUACCCUCGCUUGAAGAUAUUGGAAUUAAAAAAUCUAAUGUAACCUGUGGAGGAAUAUGGCAUGGUGGAGAGACGGUGGCAUUGAAAAAAUUGGAAGAUCUUCUAAAGGAGGUAUGUUUUAAUAAGAUGUUUUGAAUCAAUGAUAACAUUGUAUGGACAGACAAUAUUAGCAGGUACUAAGGAGGAGAGAACACACAUCAUAUGACACUCUGCACUAAAUGUUUUUGCAAGUCUAAUUUCUUCUGUCAGGCUUGCACUACACCAUCAACAAAGGUUUUUCAGUAGUGAAACAUCUACCAAUGUUAAUACCAACAAAUGUUUAUUGGCAUUAAAAUUGUAUUCCCUGUUACUAUUUCAGUAUUCCCUGCAGUCCAUCAUUGGCCGCUUGAAGGAUUUUUCCAGGUUUCUAUCCCAGUAGCUGGGCACCACCCAUCUUGUUUUCCUUUUCGGGGUGGUACUGAUGGAGUUAAGCCUGUGCUACUUCAACUAUAUUUUCCUUUCAUAUGUGUUGUUCACUUGUUUGUCCAUUUGUAGAUGAUGAACACUGAUUUUCAAAUGGAGUCAAACAGUGAGACCUUUUUUCAUAAUUCUGUGGACAAGUUGAGCCCAUUUCUCAGAUUUGGAUGCCUAUCACCCCGGACACUAUACCAUGCAAUUUCAAGUACUUACUACAAAGUGAGUGAUACUUUUCUUAGGUAGGAUUGAUUUGUAGUUUAAUUUUGUUUGCCUUUGUCUCAAAAUAAGUAUCAAUGGUAAUUAAACUGAAAUAAAGGAAAAUCAGCCUAAAAAUAGCUUGAGGGAGUUUAAGGUAUCAAGAUUGCCAUAAAAACCAGAACUUUAAGUGGUGUAAAUUAUUUAAAAGAAGGCAGAUCAGGUAGUGAAAUUAGUUUGUCCUGAUUCUUUUUACAUGUUAAAGUUAAUCUAAUGCUUUUCCUCCUCUCACUCCUUUUUUCGUAGAUACUGCUAACCCCCAACAGAUAGUAGAUUAAAUAAAGUGUGUUUCAAAUACUUUUCUUCCAGGCUAAGCAGUGUAAUCCUCCAUUGUCAUUCUUCAACUUCUUACUUUGGAGAGACUUCUACUUCUUGAUUGGCAGCAAAAAUCCAACUUUUCACCAGAUAGAGAACAAUCCACUUUGCUUGCAAAUUGAGUGGGAGGACAAUGAUUUUGCUGUACAGCAAUGGAAAAAGGUAUUUUUAUGUGAAUAUGCUAUAAAUCUGAAAUAUUCUUGAACAAGUAUUAUUGUUGUUUUCACACCUUCCACCGAGUUUACAAUUAAAUGUGUACACACACUUCUCAAUGAUGAAAUAGUCACAUUGACUUUGCCAUCCACAAAUGUUGUUUCUGUUUUUUAGAGAAAAGUUGGGGAAAUUGCUUCAUAAGGUCACUUUUGUGCUUCUGUUGGUGCAUAUUAACUGUUACUCUGGCAAAAGACUUAGAUAUUAAGCAUAUACAGAUGGGAUGCUUUUUAGUUCUAUUAAAAGUAUACAUUUUUACAUAGGGUCAAACAGGUUUUCCUUUUAUUGAUGCUGUUAUGCGCCAACUAUACCUCGAAGGGUGGAUUCCAGAUGUUGCUGCACAAGUUGUUGGUUGUUUUCUUACAAAAGGGUGCAUGUGGAUCAACUGGCAAGAAGGUUUUAAGGUAAAACUAGAUAUUUAAGUGAAUUGCUUUUGUCAAUGUGGAAGUCUGGCUGAUUGAAAACUGUUACUUGCAUAUAUUUCUUGACAUGAGCAAACCUUACACAGGUAAAAAUAUAUGGUGGGAUCCCACCAAUCCCACCUGGGAUCCCAGGUGUGUCCCGGGUGGGAUCCCACCUUAUUUUCGGGUGGGAUCCUAAGUGAGAUCCCACUUGGGAUUAUGGAACAUCCCACAUGGGAUCCCACCAAUUGAAGUUGGGAUCCGGCCAAUUGAAGUAGGGAUCCCACCUUAAAUUCCUAAUAGCAUCCCACCCGGGAAAGCACAUUCCGGGCAGGAUUAAACCUAGAAUCCCACCAAUCCCUCUUGGGAUCUUGCCUCAAAUUUCAGAUAAUUUCCCAUUCAGGAAAUCACAUCCCAGGUGGGAUUGCACCUGGGAUCCUGCCAAUCCCAGUUUAGACCCUGCUUAAAAUUUCAGAUGGCUUCCCACUUAGGAUUUUAAGAAAAAUCCUUAGAGGGAUCCUGCCUUACACUGGAGACCACAGAUUUAUGAAAUGUAUCAGAUGGGAUUUCUUAUCAAUCCCUUUUGUAACCUAAUCCUUCAAAUUAAGAGGAUAAAAUUUUCUAGUUAAGUUAUAGAUCCUGUCAAUCCACUGAGGGUCAAAAAUUUUCCAACAAGCUAUAGAACAUAUGGACACCUCCACUGGGAUCCCAUUAUCUUACCCAAGCUGUUGAUCAUACAUGAUUCAAGCAGGACAUGAAUGCACAUACUUUAUGUGAUGAAGAUCUCAUAAUUUAUUUGCAAUGAAAAUGUUUUUGAUGUUGUUUCACUUACAAAUUACUUAACUGAACAUUUUCAAAGAAUAACAGCACAACUCAACAUAUUACUUUUUCAAUAUCAUUUAUGCAGUCCAUUCACAGUGUAAUCUGGCUCAAAGGCUGUUGUAUAUGAAAGAAUAGAAGAAAGACAAAACUUCAAUAAUUCAUGUUAUAAAAAAUUUGACGAAGAAGGUAGUGGUUUAAAUUCUGCUCUCUCUUUAGUCAAAUUUUUCAAAGCAAAGCAGGGUCAGAAUGUUCCCAAAUGUGACUAAAGUAAUCUUGAAACCUGACCGAUAGAUUUAUUUCAUUGUAAAAGUGUAAGCUUAAGAAACUGCAGCAUGCAAGUGACCAAUUUGAUUCUCAGAAUUAUUCAAGUUUCAGUUGUGGCGAGCAUUAGGUAAGCUCAAUUCAAGCCAUUAUAUCAACUCUUUGGUGAGAAUUGAUCACAUAACAAAUGUUGCAAUUUGUACUAACCACAAACUUUCAAAAUCCUAGCUUUGUAAAUGGCCACUCAAUCAUUGUUUAAUUUUACCAGUCGAUAUGUCAACUGUUGUCCCUUCUUUUCACAUGGUGCCAAUGACUUUCUUUUCAUUUACAACACUCAUACUGGUCUCGUUUUCGCAUUGAACCACAAUAAAACCCAUCUUUAGAAAUGUCAUAUUAAGCAAAACAGUCAAGAAAAGAAAUAACUUGAAGCACGAGCGAUCAACCAAUGAAAAGUACAUUCAAAGAUGAGCGCCAAAUGGAGUUUUCUUUGUUUCCGAUCACGGGUAUGAUCACAGGGAUCUUUUUGGAAUUGACAUUGGCUAGCAAAGAGAAUCCCCUGGUUUUCCCAAUUGCAGUCUCAAGAGAAGCACGCAAAAGUAUUCUGACUUUUCUGACUGGUUCUUUUUCCUUGGAUGAUGCAUACCUUGGAUCCAUGUUUUGAUGAUGAUAUAAAUAACGAUGUGAAUUCACUCUAUGUAGAAAUAAUCAACAAGAAUCAAACAUAUUAGGAAGUAUAGGAGAUACCUAGAUGAUCCCAGAAUCAUUGGGUUCAAAGGAGACUUACAUUUGUGCCCUUUAUGUUAGAGAUACACUGAACAUCUUUUGGAAUUAUCUUACCUAAAUGUCAUACAUGUAGGUAAGAUUACCACUUCUUUCUUUCUAUCCUUCCCAAGAUCAUGAGUGAGAGUGUUUUCCUAGGUGGGAUAAAGGAUCCCAGGUGGAAUAUGUAAAUCUCAACUAGGAUCCCAAGUAGAAUGCAUAAGUCCCACCAAAACUCCCAGGUGGGAUGCAGAAAUCCCACCUAAGAUCCCAGGUGGGAUGCAGGAAUCCCACAUUUAAAGCAGGAUCCUGGGUGGGAUCAAAUUUUCAUCCCAGGUGGGAAAGGUGGGAUCCCACCACCUAAGGCGGGAUCCUGCCAUUCCCACUUGGGAUCCUGGGUGGGAUUGCCGGUAUCCCACCCAUAUCCCACCUGACAUUUUACCUGGGUGCCUUUGAUGCUUUUUCUGUUUGUUUGUCUUUUUCUUUUAGAUUUUGAUACAAUUAAAUAAACCAGAAUUACAGGGUCAAAGUAAGGGUCUCAUGUUAGAAUGCUCUAUUCAAUUACAUGAAAAGGUUCCUUUGGCAUGAAACAAUAAAAUGCCAUAAGUUUCACUCUUUUUUAUUCAGUUUCUCUUCUUGAUAAGAAUGCAACUGCCAUGCUGGAAAAAGCAAAUAGGCCCACCAUCUGUGUCAUAAAAUGCCCUUCUAUAAACUGUUAUAAAGGAUAGGUUUACAACUACUUGUAGAUUAAAUGAACAUUUUAACUUUUAUAGGUCUUUGGAGAGAUUCAGUUAGAUGUAGAGUGGAGCAUAAAUGCUGGAAAGUGGUUGUCAAUUUCUGGCAAUGUCUUUGACAGAAAUAAACCUCUUGAGUUCUUCUGCCCAGUGGACAGUGGAAGAAAGAUGGACCCCUCUGGAGAGUACAUUAGGUAAAUAAUCAGUAACCUUUCCACUUACUACUUGAAACAACCAGUACCAAAUUACUGAUAAGGCCUGGUAUCUGGAUUGAUAGGUGUGUCACUUGAUGUCUAAAGGCAAUCAUCUGUCUUUGGACUAUGUGAGUGAUUUCUUCACUCACAUGGGAAGAACACCCUAUCAAAUUCUCAAAAUAUCAGUCUCUGUCAUUGUUAGGUAAGCAUUUUAGAACCACCCUCACAAAUAUGUUCAGAUCAUAGCAUCUUCUGUUACUCUAAGGAUCAGACCAUUCAUUUCUUAACAACCAAUUUAAGAUGUAGAUCUUUAAAAUUGCUAUGAUUUUAGGAAAUACGUGCCUGAGCUCCGCAGUUUUCCCACUAAGUACCUGUUUGAACCAUGGAAAACACCUAAACAAGUUCAACAAGCUUCUGGAUGUAUAAUCGGUGAAAACUACCCCUUACCGUUAGUGGACCAUAAAGAACACUUGAGAAAGUGUCUAAAGAGGCUGGAAGAAUUAGCCCAGAGCAUGACUAUUCAAAUUCCAGGUAUAUACAAUGAUAAUUAGGAGUUUUAAAGAUUUUGGAAAUUAUUUUUCUCUAAGUUCUUUAAACAUGGAUAAAGGGAUUCAGAAUUUCUAAUUUUUCUCUGCAGUGAUGCAAAGUGGACACACCAGUGUGCAUUUGUUCAGAAAAGACUUGAGGCUUCAUGACAACCCCACAUUGCGCUCCUGCUUGAACGGAAGUGAGACAUUCUAUCCUGUGUACAUUUUGGACACCGCAGCAGCAAAGCAGAGCAAAAUCUCAGCCAACCGCUGGAAUUUCUUACUUGAGAGCUUAAGAGAUCUGGAUAAUCAGCUAGCAAGGCUUGGAUCACGUCUGUUCGUGGUACAAGGCAGAACUUUGGAGGUGCUCCCUGAAUUAAUCUCAGAUUGGGGCAUAACUCGCAUUAGCUUUGAAACUGACUGUGAGCCAUUUGGGGCCCAGAGAGAUGCUGUUAUCCGACAUAUAGCGGAGAAAUCAGGAGUUGAAGUAGUCAGCAAAAGAUCGCACACUCUGUUUGAGCCAAGUCAAAUUGUCGAUGCCAAUCAGGGGAAGAUAUCAAUGCUUUUUAAAGAAUUUGUGAAAGUCAUCGAAGAGAACAAGCUCAGUGUACCCAGUCCUGUCAAAGAAGUGAACAGACAACUUGUGGGAAACUGUGUGACACCAGUAGCUGUUGAUCAUCAGAGAAAGUAUGGAGUUCCUGAAUUGAAUGAGCUAGGAGUGAAGGAUAUACGAUGUGUGACAAGUGCAGGGUUAUGGAGAGGGGGAGAACAAGAGGCUUUAAGAAGACUUGGUCUUCUUGAGAAAGAGGUACAUAAUACAUUUUGGUAACUUGCUAAAUUUUGUUAAACUGAUGGGUAAGAAUUAACCGUGAAUGACAACUUGUUUUGGUAAUUUCUUAGUAUAGUAUUUCAGAAUUCUAAUUCAUUUUUGUUUUUUUUAUGUGUUUAGUUGGUGAAAAACGACUUUGAGGAGGUCCCAUUAAGUGCAGCAUCAAUGACUUCCUCAAAAACUCACUUAAGUCCGUACCUUCGGUUUGGAUGUUUGUCACCCAGAAUGAUGUGGGAGAGCUUUACUGACUGUUAUGUCAAGGUAUGCAUCACCUUUAAAUUAAAUCUAAAAGGUUACGUAAAAAACCCAAUAAAUGACUGGCCUUGAGGUGCAUAAUGAUUCUGUGAUAGAAAGGCAUGACUAGGUAUGCUUGGAAACUUUGUGGACAUAACUUUUAUAGCAACUCAGUGGUUGAUGGGAUGGGUGUUAUUUCGAAAAUGAAGAAGUGACUUAUGGAUUGACAAGACUGUAAACAUAUGAAGAUUUCCCUUACAACUUUUUUAUCGCAGUAAACAAGGGAUGUGGUGAAAAUUUUAUUUUGGUUUAAACUUAAUUAUCGUCAAAGUAAAUAAAUAAAGCCUUCAACUACUUAUUGCUGUUGUUUUAUUUAUUUGAUUUGUUCAUCUAAUUUUUUACUUUUUUUUUGUGCCCUCAUGGGAAACAGUCGAAAGGUACCAUACCACCCAUGUCGCUUUACAAACCUCUUCUGCUUCGAGAGUUUUUCUUCACCAUUGCAAGUACCUUUCCAGGGCUUCACAAGAUGAACAACAACCCUCUCUCCAUACAGUAUCCAUGGGAGGAAAAUGCUGAAGGUCUCCAGCGGUGGAAGAAUGUAAGUUUCAUGGAAUUAUGUCAAUGACGGUGUUGUCGAUAAUAUGUGUUAACAAUGUGCGUUACAACUUCCAGGGUACUACUGGAUUUCCAUGGAUUGAUGCAGUAAUGCGACAGUUGCGCACAGAGGGUUGGAUCCCUCAUAUGGCACGUCAAGCUGUUGGGUGUUUCUUGACCAGGGGAUGCCUUUGGAUCAACUGGGAAGAGGGAUUUAAGGUAAGAAAUACCCAAAUGGAUAUUUUACAGUGAGUUUCUGGUUUAGAGGAAAGAGGUGAAAAGAUUGAUUUCCUUCCAUAAGGUUUUCGAGGAGCUUCAAUUGGAUGCUGAGUGGAGUCUGAAUGUGGGAAAUUGGCUGUGGCUGUCUGGAAGUACUUUUGUGAAAGAGCACGCACCUUGGUUUUGUCCUGUGGAAGUUGGGAAGAAGGUUGAUCCCAAUGGGGAAUAUGUGAGGUAAAUGUAAUGUGUGGUUGGUUUUAACUAGUGCUAAGUAAGGACUGACCUAAUUUAUUGAGCAGAUACUAGUGUUUUAUUGGAAAUUGUUUUGCAGGAAAUACGUCCCUGAGUUAAAAGGGUUGCCCACAGAGUAUUUGUUUGAACCAUGGAAAGCACCUGCAUUUGUUCAACAAGAUGCUGGAUGUAUAUUGGGUGAAGACUACCCCUUUCCACUAGUGGACCAUAAAGAAAAGAGAAGGGAAUGUGUGAUUCGGCUGAAAGAAGUGACCCAGAGACUCGUUGCUGAAAGUCCAGGUAAAAGUCAAAAAUGAAGUAUUUGAGUGCGGAGCACGCUAUUACACCUACUUUUGUCAUUUUGGCGCAAUUGGAAAUUUGAAAUGAUAAGGAGAUAAUCACUGAAGAGUGUCUGUAACAUGAUAUGUUAAAUUAUGAUUAAAAAGACUACCUGAGGUAGUCGUAAUUACCUAAGUAAUAAUUUGGAAGAAAUAACACCAUAUUUAUGGUAACUAAAAAAGGGUGAUAUGCUGGGGAUAUGCUGUUAUGAUGGAGAACCGCUUGUGACUCUUGUAAUGUAGUUCGUGACGUUUAGAUAUCACCUCUGCGGGCAGACGCAAUUCAGGAAAUAGAUAAAUGUAAUUCAAUUUCUCUUUGUAGAGAUUCAAAGUGGACACACCAGUGUGCAUUUGUUUAGAAAAGACUUGAGGCUUCAUGACAACCCCACAUUGCGCUCCUGCUUGAACGGAAGUGAGACAUUCUAUCCUGUGUACAUUUUGGACACCGCAGCAGCAAAGCAGAGCAAAAUCUCAGCCAACCGCUGGAAUUUCUUACUUGAGAGCUUAAGAGAUCUGGAUAAUCAGCUAGCAAGGCUUGGAUCACGCCUGUUCGUGGUACAAGGCAGAGCUGUGGAGGUGCUCCCUGAAUUAAUCUCAGAUUGGGGCAUAACUCGCAUUAGCUUUGAAACUGACUGUGAGCCAUUUGGGGCCCAGAGAGAUGCUGUUAUCCGACAUAUAGCGGAGAAAUCGGGAGUUGAAGUAGUCAGCAAAACAUCGCACACUCUGUUUGAGCCAAGUCAAAUUGUCGAUGCCAAUCGGGGGAAGAUAUCAAUGCUUUUCAAAGAAUUUGUGAAAGUCAUCGAAGAGAACAAGCUCAGUGUACCCAGUUCUGUCAAAGAAGUGAACAGACAACUUGUGGGAAACUGUGUGACACCAGUAGCUGUUGAUCAUCAGAGAAAGUAUGGAGUUCCUGAAUUGAAUGAGCUAGGAGUGAAGGACAUACCAUGUGUGACAAGUGCAGGGUUAUGGAGAGGGGGAGAACAAGAGGCUUUAAGAAGACUUGGUCUUCUUGAGAAAGAGGUACAUAAUACAUUUUGGUAACUUGCUAAAUUUUGUUAAACUGAUGGGUAAGAAUUAACCGUGAAUGACAACUUGUUUUGGUAAUUUCUUAGUAUAGUAUUUCAGAAUUCUAAUUCCUUUUUGUUUUUUUUAUGUGUUUAGUUGGUGAAAAACGACUUUGAGGAGGUCCCAUUAAGUGCAGCAUCAAUGACUUCCUCAAAAACUCACUUAAGUCCAUACCUUCGGUUUGGAUGUUUGUCACCCAGAAUGAUGUGGGAGAGCUUUACUGACUGUUAUGUCAAGGUAUGCAUCACCUUUAAAUUAAAUCUAAAAGGUUACAUAAAAAAACCCUAUAAAUGACCGGCCUUGAGGAGCAUAAUGAUUCUGUGAUAGAAAGGCAUGACUAGGUAUGCUUGGAAACUUCGUGAACAUAACUUUUAUAGCAACUCAGUGGUUGAUGGGAUGGGUGUUAUUUCGAAAAUGAAGAAGUGACUUAUGGAUUGACAAGACUGUAAACAUAUGAAGAUUUCCCUUACAACUUUUUUAACGCAGUAAACAAGGGAUGUGGUGAAAAUUUUAUUUUGGUUUAAACUUAAUUAUCGUCAAAGUAAAUAAAUAAAGCCUUCAACUACUUAUUGCUGUUGUUUUAUUUAUUUGAUUUGUUCAUCUAAUUUUUUACUUUUUUUUUUGUGCCCUCAUGGGAAACAGUCGAAAGGUACCAUACCACCCAUGUCGCUUUACAAACCUCUUCUGCUUCGAGAGUUUUUCUUCACCAUUGCAAGUACCUUUCCAGGGCUUCACAAGAUGAACAACAACCCUCUCUCCAUACAGUAUCCAUGGGAGGAAAAUGCUGAAGGUCUCCAGCGGUGGAAGAAUGUAAGUUUCAUGGAAUUAUGUCAAUGACGGUGUUUUCGAUAAUAUGUGUUAACAAUGUGCGUUACAACUUCCAGGGUACUACUGGAUUUCCAUGGAUUGAUGCAGUAAUGCGACAGUUGCGCACAGAGGGUUGGAUCCCUCAUAUGGCACGUCAAGCUGUUGGGUGUUUCUUGACCAGGGGAUGCCUUUGGAUCAACUGGGAAGAGGGAUUUAAGGUAAGAAAUACCCAAAUGGAUAUUUUACAGUGAGUUUCUGGUUUAGAGGAAAGAGGUGAAAAGAUUGAUUUCCUUCCAUAAGGUUUUCGAGGAGCUUCAAUUGGAUGCUGAGUGGAGUCUGAAUGUGGGAAAUUGGCUGUGGCUGUCUGGAAGUACUUUUGUGAAAGAGCACGUACCUUGGUUUUGUCCUGUGGAAGUUGGGAAGAAGGUUGAUCCCAAUGGGGAAUAUGUGAGGUAAAUGUAAUGUGUGGUUGGUUUUAACUAGUGCUAAGUAAGGACUGACCUAAUUUAUUGAGCAGAUACUAGUGUUUUAUUGGAAAUUGUUUUGCAGGAAAUACGUCCCUGAGUUAAAAGGGUUGCCCACAGAGUAUUUGUUUGAACCAUGGAAAGCACCUGCAUUUGUUCAACAAGAUGCUGGAUGUAUAUUGGGUGAAGACUACCCCUUUCCACUAGUGGACCAUAAAGAAAAGAGAAGGGAAUGUGUGAUUCGGCUGAAAGAAGUGACCCAGAGACUCGUUGCUGAAAGUCCAGGUAAAAGUCAAAAAUGAAGUAUUUGAGUGCGGAGCACGCUAUUACACCUACUUUUGUCAUUUUGGCGCAAUUGGAAAUUUGAAAUGAUAAGGAGAUAAUCACUGAAGAGUGUCUGUAACAUGAUAUGUUAAAUUAUGAUUAAAAAGACUACCUGAGGUAGUCGUAAUUACCUAAGUAAUAAUUUGGAAGAAAUAACACCAUAUUUAUGGUAACUAAAAAAGGGUGAUAUGCUGGGGAUAUGCUGUUAUGAUGGAGAACCGCUUGUGACUCUUGUAAUGUAGUUCGUGACGUUUAGAUAUCACCUCUUGCGAGCAGACGCAAUUCAGGAAAUAGAUAAAUGUAAUUCAAUUUCUCUUUGUAGAGAUUCAAAGUGGACACACCAGUGUGCAUUUGUUUAGAAAAGACUUGAGGCUUCAUGACAACCCCACAUUGCGCUCCUGCUUGAACGGAAGUGAGACAUUCUAUCCUGUGUACAUUUUGGACACCGCAGCAGCAAAGCAGAGCAAAAUCUCAGCCAACCGCUGGAAUUUCUUACUUGAGAGCUUAAGAGAUCUGGAUAAUCAGCUAGCAAGGCUUGGAUCACGUCUGUUCGUGGUACAAGGCAGAACUUUGGAGGUGCUCCCUGAAUUAAUCUCAGAUUGGGGCAUAACUCGCAUUAGCUUUGAAACUGACUGUGAGCCAUUUGGGGCCCAGAGAGAUGCUGUUAUCCGACAUAUAGCGGAGAAAUCGGGAGUUGAAGUAGUCAGCAAAACAUCGCACACUCUGUUUGAGCCAAGUCAAAUUGUCGAUGCCAGUCGGGGGAAGAUAUCAAUGCUUUUCAAAGAAUUUGUGAAAGUCAUCGAAGAGAACAAGCUCAGUGUACCCAGUCCUGUCAAAGAAGUGAACAGACAACUUGUGGGAAACUGUGUGACACCAGUAGCUGUUGAUCAUCAGAGAAAGUAUGGAGUUCCUGAAUUGAAUGAGCUAGGAGUGAAGGAUAUACGAUGUGUGACAAGUGCAGGGUUAUGGAGAGGGGGAGAACAAGAGGCUUUAAGAAGACUUGGUCUUCUUGAGAAAGAGGUACAUAAUACAUUUUGGUAACUUGCUAAAUUUUGUUAAACUGAUGGGUAAGAAUUAACCGUGAAUGACAACUUGUUUUGGUAAUUUCUUAGUAUAGUAUUUCAGAAUUCUAAUUCCUUUUUGUUUUUUUUAAUGUGUUUAGUUGGUGAAAAACGACUUUGAGGAGGUCCCAUUAAGUGCAGCAUCAAUGACUUCCUCAAAAACUCACUUAAGUCCAUACCUUCGGUUUGGAUGUUUGUCACCCAGAAUGAUGUGGGAGAGCUUUACUGACUGUUAUGUCAAGGUAUGCAUCACCUUUAAAUUAAAUCUAAAAGGUUACAUAAAAAAAACCCUAUAAAUGACCGGCCUUGAGGUGCAUAAUGAUUCUGUGAUAGAAAGGCAUGACUAGGUAUGCUUGGAAACUUCGUGAACAUAACUUUUAUAGCAACUCAGUGGUUGAUGGGAUGGGUGUUAUUUCGAAAAUGAAGAAGUGACUUGGGAAUUGACUUAAAUAAAUUAAAUAAAGCCUUCAACUACUUAUUGCUGUUGUUUUAUAUAUUUGAUUUUUUGUAUAUUUUUUCCUUUUUUUUUUGUGCCCUCAUGGGAAACAGUCAAAAGGUACCAUACCACCCAUGUCACUUUACAAACCUCUUCUGCUUCGAGAGUUUUUCUUCACCAUUGCAAGUACCUUUCCAGGGUUGCACAAGAUGGACAACAACCCUCUCUCCAUACAGUAUCCAUGGGAGGAAAAUGCUGAAGGUCUCCAGCGGUGGAAGAAUGUAAGUUUCAUGGAAUUAUGUCAACGACGGUGUUGUUGAUAAUAUGUGUUAACAAUGUGCUUUACAACUUCCAGGGCACUACUGGAUUUCCAUGGAUUGAUGCAGUAAUGCGACAGUUGCGCAUAGAGGGUUGGAUCCCUCAUAUGGCACGUCAGGCUGUUGGGUGUUUCUUGACCAGGGGAUGCCUUUGGAUCAACUGGGAAGAGGGAUUUAAGGUAAGAAAUACCUAAAUGGGUAUUUUACAGUGAGUUUCUGGUUCGGAGUAAAGAGGUUAAAAGAUUGAUUUCCUUUCUUAAGGUUUUCGAGGAGCUUCAAUUGGAUGCUGAGUGGAGUCUGAAUGUGGGAAAUUGGCUGUGGCUGUCUGGAAGUACUUUUGUGAAAGAGCACGUACCUUGGUUUUGUCCUGUGGAAGUUGGGAAGAAGGUUGAUCCCAAUGGGGAAUAUGUGAGGUGAAAAUAAGUUUUAAAACCAUUCUCCGUAUGGAUUAUUUUAAGGUCUCCUCUAAACCUUUUUUUUUCAUUUUGGGAAAUUUUGUUUAUUUGCGUGCUUCAGUUUUACUUUACAAUUUUUUUCUUUUGUAGACGUUAUGUCUCAGAACUGAAAAGGUUACCUCUGCAAUAUCUGUUCGAGCCUUGGAAAGCGCCUUUAGCAGUCCAAAAGGCGGCGCGGUGCGUGGUUGGUGACGAUUAUCCGGAACCAUUAGCUAAUCACAUUGAACAGCGAAAGAUCUGUGUGCGGCGCUUGAAAGAUAUGUGCAACACCUUGAACAUAUCAGGUAGGUAAUAUUGUACAACUGACUAUGAUUGUGGGAGAUCUAACCACGUUUACCUUUUAAUGUUUUUAAACAUCAAAAAGGUACACUUGGUUGGACCUCACAUCAUCAUUGUUAGAUCUUGUAAUAAAAGAGUAUUGCCGUUCGAAUUAUUCGGUGAAGUAUGAUUAGCAUACUUCACCAAAUAAUUCGAAUAGUUCGAACAGCAAUGGUAGUGUGAAGUACGAGGAGUACAUGCGACCCCGGCUUCAAAGUUGGUUUGUCAUUUGCUAUUAGUGUUCUAAAAGUCAAGUUUAACUCUGAAUUACCAGGUGGUUUUUUUUUAAGACGAUGUUAGUUCUUAAGCGGGUUUGUUACGUUUCUUUUCAGGGCACAUCAGUCUUCACUGGUUUAGGAAGGAUCUUCGACUUCACGAUAAUCCCACUUUAAGAGAUUGCCUUGUAGACAGUGCAGUGUUCUAUGGAGUGUAUAUUCUUGAUAGUUGUGCUGAAGCAAGGUUGAGUCGAAACCGUUGGCGUUUAUUGCUGGAAUCACUAAAGGACCUGGAUGCCGGUCUGGCGGAGUACGGCUCGCGUCUCUUCGUAUUGGAGGGUAGACCGUUAGAUGUCUUACCAUCUCUUUUUGAACAGUGGGGCAUCACUCGGCUCUCUUUUGAGGUUGAUUGUGAGCCAGAUUGUAAGACCAGGGAUAUGGUUGUGACUACUGUUGCCAAGAAAGCUGGAAUCCAAGUUAUCAGCCACGUGUCACACACCCUUUAUGACACUAAAGCGCUUUUAAAAUCACCUGAUGGAAGAGCACCCCAACUUUUCGACGAAUUUCAAAAACUUGUUGUGCAACUUGGGCGACCCCAAAAACCAGUGCCAAGGGUUGACAGAAAGCUAUUUGGCUCGUGUGUUACUCCCGUAGGAAGAGAUCAUGAUACACGGUACGGAGUCCCUGCACCAGACAUCCAAAAGCUGCAUUCUAGUGGCUCGUGGUUUUAUCAAGGUGGCGAGAGAGAGGCGUUGUCAAGGAUGGAGGCAGCUUUAUGCGAGGUUGGAAUUCUUUCAGACAUUUUGCUUGAAUUAUUCCUCUAAGCCAGUUGUUUUCCAAUUAGAAAGACUUUUCCAAAUAGCAGUCUCUUUUUGGUCAAUGGCUCUGGCUUCAUGAAAUGUUACGUGUUGUUUAGAAAACCACUUAUUUAAACCAGGUGGUGGCCUUUGUUGCUUUCGCUUUGUGAUGUUGUGCCGUUCAAAUGAAGGAAACUUGUACCAAUAGCAUUAUAAGCAGGUACUCUCGCCAGGUUUGUUAACACUGUAUGUAAAAUUAUGUUGUCUUUACGCCCAUCUGUUGGUAAUGUUCCACUUUGCUCUACUGUAAGUCUUAUGCUCAGGUAAGCUUUCAAACUCAUUGCCCAUCUGCUUAUAGAUGGCAAGGGGAGACAAUUCCUAGGACUUCUCGCUGGUAAACUCUUAGUAUAUCUUGAUUUGUUAAGCUCUUUGUAUUUCCCAUUGUGACGUAGUCAAUAUAAUUCCUGCAGAUGGUAAAGAACGACUUUUGCGAGCCGUUGUUAACAGCCCGUUCACUGAUGCCGUCACAAUACCACCUGAGCCCCUACCUGAGGCUGGGUUGUCUGUCUCCCAGGCUCCUUUAUCAAAGAAUGACUGAGGAAUAUAUCAAGGUACAGUUCAGCCUGUUCAUGUAUUAAGAGAAGGGAAACAAAGGGGUACAGAGGAGGGCUCUUACUCCAGGCUUUUAGAUAUGCAAACUCCACGAAAGUUAUUAACUCUUGUGAACUGACUCUGUUUUUCAAGAGGUUUGCUUAAAGUCUAACCUCGAUUUGUAGUUUUGAGUGGAAUUACUCUGUUGGUAGACAGCGUGAGGUACAACGACUUCUAAGAACAAGCCAAUUAUUAUUUCUUGAGCGAGUUUUACAGUGCAGGCAACUGUUACUCUUUCCUGUAAAUAACCAUUGAGGAGGAGAUAUAUCCCAGCUAUGGACUUGAUUGACUUCGCUAUCUUGUCAAUUUCCCCUACGUGUAGACAAAGCUAAAUUCGUUAGCGGUCAUUUUUUUGUGAAACACUGUCGAAACAGACUCAAGUAUCCCUUUACCUACUUCUAUCGUAUGGAUGAUGUUGUUUUAAUUCAUUGGCGUUUUUUGCAGUGUAAGGCUAUGAACCCAUCUUUCGAUCUUUUCAAAAAACUGUUGUGGCGCGAGUUCUUCUUUGUUGUUGGAAGCCAAGUUUCCAACUUACACGAGAUGAUCAGCAACCCGGUUAGUCUACAGAUUCCUUGGGAAGAAGAUCAAGAGCAUCUUGAAAAAUGGAAACAGGUCAGAUCUCAAAAGAAAAUAUUCCUGACCAUAAACUAAUCAUUAUUAUAAGUCCAUCAUCAAUGUUUUAAAAUCGCUUGAUGAAUUGCAAAAUUCGUCUGAAGGAUAUACCACUUGUUCUAAACUUCUAGGGUGUCUUCACUCAAACUGCUUUGCACGCUACGCCUAUGCUCUUAAAUAAGUAUCAUACUCUAUCGUAACGUCCUUUUAUACUCGUGUAAACUUAAGGUUAGUCUGUAAUGCUUUGUGUGUAACGCCCGAAAUUUUUUCAUGAUAGGGUAUGACUGGUUUUCCUUGGAUUGAUGCCAUCAUGAGACAGCUCCGCUUAGAGGGUUGGAUUCACGACAUCGCACGGCGUGCCGUGGGCUCAUUUUUGACUCGCGGUUGUCUGUGGAUCAACUGGCGAGAAGGGUUUAAGGUCGGAAUUGGUUUGUUUUGUAGCACUUUUAUACAUGAAGGAAUAUGCUAGUUUUUGAGCCGGUCGUUGAACUCUGUGUCAUCGGUCUAUUUUAGUGUUUAUUCACGAAGAUGCUGAAAUCAACUAUUUCAUAAUUUGUUUCAUUAGGUCUUUGAAGAACUUCAACUUGACUCGGAAAGGAGCCUCAAUGCUGGUAACUGGUUGUGGCUGUCCGGAAGUACUUUUGUGAAAGAGCACGUGCCUUGGUUCUGUCCUGUGGAAGUUGGAAAGAAAGUUGAUCCCAGUGGUGAAUAUGUGAGGUAGGAGAUUAUCAUUAUACUUUGGGUACCUUAUUAAUCCUACUGCUGUCAUAGACAUUAAACGUAAACAAUUUUCAUCAAAUAUUUGGUUUAUUUACCCAAAUUUUAUUUUCAGGAAAUAUUUACCAGAGGUGAGGAAUCUUCCCACGGAGUUUAUCUUUGAACCUUGGCUGGCUCCUUGUGAGCUUCAAGAGUCUUGCGGCUGUGUGAUUGGUCGAGACUAUCCUGCUCCUAUCGUUAAUCACUUGGAGCAACGCGUUGUUUGUGUCCAGAGGCUUCUUGACCUUGCUUUGACGUUAACUGCAACAUGAACUUUUAACUAAGUAUGCCACUUUUUACUAGUCAGGUUAUCAUGGGAUGUGUGUUCUGAUUUCAUGGCGAUUACCUCAUAUCUUACUGUGUGUGGUGACUGCAAACCUGUAGUAAUGAACCACUUAUUUUCAAAAUUGCCACCGUGUGAGUUUUGUCUGUGUGUGUGUUUCUGAAGAACAAUAAAAAGAAACAGUUUGUAUAAGUAAACCCACAGUUAUAUAAGUAUAAGUUAACCCUAAGCAAUUUGGGAUAAAUCAGCACUCGUAAACUUUUCAAAGACUACAAAUUACACUGCCCGUAGGGCGUUUACUAUUAUGCAGCAAACUUGAAGGAGAUUUUGGACUGUAGAUAAAUUUGGUUGGUAGAUACUUGUUUUACGUUAAAUAGGUUGAAACCAUGAGUAACAUGUAUUCUGGUCGUCUGAUCUGAGUACAGCUAUCGGUGACAGAGGCUGAUGUUGUAACCAACUGAGCGGAAGUCAUUAUCAGAGCCAAGAAGACAGCUUUAACGAGUCGAUCAUACUUCACCUAUACUAUCUCUGUUAUUUGUAAUGGUAAAUUCAGCCCGCAGUGAAAUCUAAGAAUGGUGAAAGCGUGCUGAUAAAAUCAAGGACACAAGAAAACAAAGUUAAUGUAUUCAGUGAAUACCGAGGAGAUAGUUAAGUGUUGCUGUAAAUAGUUUCCUUAAAGAGGUAGUUAAAAUGAUUAAAGUAGUUAACUGCUUCGCGCAAAAGUGAAGUGUUACGUUUUCUCCAACCAUACAUAGCAAUAACUUCCCUUUAUAUAUAUAUGGAGGCAUACCGAGUUGCCUCUAAGAAAAAGCGCAGAUGAGAUUUUAUUCAUGGGAGAUUAAGAUCUCAGAAGUCAGCAAUCACUACAAUGUCCGGGCUGUAUAGUGAGAUCUUCACUCUUUGGUGAGCGUAGAGUUAGGAAUACGAAAAGCACUCUACAAGAUGAAUUAUUUUCUUUAUUUUAAAUAUUUUAACAAGAACCACAUAACACCUCUUGACAAAAUACUAAACAUAAAAUUUAUCUGAGAUAAAUUCUCAGUGAGGU